AGAAACAGAAACAGAGACCGGGACAGUGCCCACACGACAAGAAGCAGCAACUACAGAGCCGACGUCAGCACGCAAAGCACAAUCCGAACUGUCACACCUGAGCCACCCGAAAUCGGUCACCCCAUCACGGACACAAACAUAACACAAACCUCCCGGACCUCUCAAGGCUUUGGCGCCACGUCGCCUCAAACCUCUCCCAGGUCUAUACCUGGCGGAGAGCGUAGGCGAAGAGGCAUUGUAUUCAAUGACACAUAUGGUGGCUCAUAUGAUAGCUCCGAGUCAAGCCCGCCUCAGCAAGCAAGGCCCUCACUCCGGCCUCGCACACACACCAUGGACACGGCCCUUGCGUUACAACGGCAAACUGCGCCCACUUCUGCGGACAGUCGGCAUAGGGUGGGGUCGUUCUCGUCCUCAAGUUCCACGCCGUUCGCCGACAUCGAUGUUCGUCAUCCGCCAACUGUUCUAAAGACCGCGAGCUACCCGUCAGUGGCGUCUGCUACGUUCUCACGUGCUCCGGACCUCAAAAUCUCUGUCUCAUCUUCCUCCAAGCACAGCAAGCAAUCAGCAAACAGACGUCUCAUAAAGCGAGCGUCCUCUCGUCCGACUUCACCUCUAAUUUCUCCGGCUCCUUCUGUGGAUUCGUUGCCGCUGCCCAUACCCACAGACGAUGCGAACAGGUUGCUUUUGCUUAUGAAGACGCUAUGCGGUCGGAUGAAAGGCGGUGUUGAGUACCAAGGCGAGCCCAGUGGACUAUGGUAUUCUGGCAUUUGCUAUAUAGACGAGGAGAGGGGAAGCUUGCUCUUCGACUCCGGCCAGAAUGGGCCUUUCCACAUACCGCUUGUCGGAGACCUUCGCGGUUGCAGGGUUCUGCCGGUGGAGCACCAAGACAGUGGGGGUAAAUGCCUCGAACUACUUAACCACAAAAUGGGCGUCGAGCUGUUGCUUCGACCACUCAUCGCCGAUGAAUUCGAUUUGUGGCUUGCUGCCCUACUUUGUUGGCAACAACUUCGGCCUUCUGGAGCCCGGGUCCCCAGCAACAGAGUCGGAAACUCGCCGUCAACGAGUCGAGCCGAGAUGCGGCGACGGGGUUCUUCGGCUGUCGGUUCACACGCAGCUGCCAAUGCCACCAUCAUCAAAGUGGGUAAGGUCAUGCUUUGGGACAAGGGCAUUGCGACAUCACCUCGCGCAAUCGUGAAAAGACCAUCUACUCGUGACCUUCGCGCUCCGACAACAGCCUGGGUAAGGGUGUCUUGCAUAUUGCAAGACAAUGGGGCGUUCAAGUUGAUGACCGAGAACGAUGUGACUGUUCUCUCCAUCAUAGAGCUCUCCCAACUGUCUCGUUGUGCUAUACAGCAGCUCGACAAGUCGGUGCUUGACGAGGAAUAUUGCAUCGCCAUUUUCCCCAUCUACGCACCCACGUCCAAGCAGCUCUCUAUAUUCAGGCCAGUCUACCUUGCACUGGACACAAGGGUUCUUUUUGAGGUGUGGUUUGUCUUGCUUCGCGCCUUCGCCGUGCCAGACCUCUACGGAAUCGAGCCAUCUUCGGAGCUAGCAACAGAGAUUAUCAACUUCAAGGAGAAUUUUGAUGGACAGAUGUUCAGAGUUGAGAAAUCAAUACAAGUAAGAGUUACCGAAGCAAAAUUGAAGAGGCCAGACAACAGACCCGAUCAGCAUGAUAGGCAUCACAAAAGCGAUCGCGAUCCACUCAUUGGUAAUUACCUAGCCGAGGUUAUACUGGAUGGCGAGGUUCGGGCACGCACGACAACACAAACCGACACCAGUAAACCGUUUUGGAGAGAGGCCGUACAAUUCAGCGAGCUCCCGACAACACUACCCUAUUUGUCGAUUGUGCUCAAGCGGGUGGACGGCAACCUUGACAGCUUUAGUCAUCAACUCCAGGCCUCAUUAGGCCUACCCAAGACGGGUAAUCUGAGCGAGACCAUGUGCGGUGCUGUCGACAUACCGCUGGAUAGGCUAGAGCGCGGCAAGGACCAUGAACAGUGGCAUCAAAUACAAGACGAGAAGAACGAGUCCAUCGGCAGCAUGUUUGUCAAGGUCAACCUCGAAGAGUUCGUCGUGCUCAUGGCCGAUGACUACAAGCCUUUAUCUGAUCUCUUGCACAAAUUCAGCUUAGGCCUGCCUAGCCAGAUUGCCGCUGCGAUGCCACAGCAAUUACGACGUCUUGCGGAGAUCUUUAUCAACGUCUUCCAAGCCUCCACACGAUCCGUUGAAUGGCUUCUUGUGUUGGUAGAAGAGGAAAUAGACGGAAUCAGUGGACAGAACACCAUGAAGAAAAUGCGAUUCAGUAGACGCAUGAAAUCCAAUGACUCGAACAACUCGGCCAGUGAUCGAGAGCUGAUUGUCCGCGACAUGGGCAAGUCACUAGCGGGCGAAGCAAACCUGCUUUUCCGAGGCAACACUCUGCUUACCCAGGCUCUGGAGUUCCACAUGCGUCGCUUGGGCAAGGAAUACUUGGAGGAAGUUCUCAGCGACAAGAUCUUCGAAAUCAAUGAGAUCAAUCCUGACUGCGAAGUCGACCCAAGCAGAAUAUCGCACCAUGUUGACAUCAACCAGCAUUGGUCGCAAUUAAUGCAACUUACCACGGAGGUCUGGCAAUGCAUCGCGAUUUCAGCAAACAAGUUACCAGCCGAACUGCGGCAAAUACUAAAGUAUAUCCGGGCCGUCGCGGAAGACCGCUACGGUGACUUUCUCCGAACCGUCACAUACACGAGUGUUUCGGGCUUCUUGUUUCUUCGAUUCAUCUGCCCAGCCAUUCUGAAUCCGAAGUUGUUCGGAUUGUUGCGGGACAACCCACGUCCUAGAGCUCAGCGCACCCUCACCCUCGUGGCCAAGGGGCUACAAGCUCUAGGAAACUUGUCCACGUUCGGCAAGAAGGAGAGCUGGAUGGAACCGAUGAAUAAAUUCUUGAACAAUCAAAGACAGCCUUUCAAGGACUUCGUCGACGCCAUAUGCUCUAUACCGACCGAACGCGCCACCAUACCACUUCCGGCGACAUACAUGACCCCCAUCACAAUCCUCGGCCGCCUCUCAAAACCGGCCCGUGAGGGAUUUCCUGUAUUGCCAUACCUUAUCGAUGACGCAAGACACUUUGCCGCUCUAGUCAAGCUUUGGUUGGACGCUCAUCAUGCUGGCGCCCAUGACUCGCGUCAUUUCGAAGGUGAACUCGCCGAAUUUCACGAACUCUGUAUCGGGCUCCAGCAACGCUCAGACCAAUGCAUGGAGAGGAUAGAAGCUAUCAGAGCUGCAGAGACUGGUUCAGCCGCCACUGAUGAUGUAGCCGAUAGUCUUGAAAGAGCAUCGCUGAUGGAUUCAAUGCAUGCCGCUUACGGCAGUUCGUCGAUAUGGGUAGAUAAUGAUCCUUACCGUGCUCCAGGCUCGUCUGGCUCGGAUGUA